AUGAUCAAGGACUUGAUGCUCACCAUCUUUGCCCACAUGCAGGGCUUGUCGCUGUUCUUGCUAGUGAUCCUCUAUCACUAUGUGGCAGUAAAAAACACCAAGAAGCAGGAAUGAAAGUGGCGCUUUCUCUGCCCCAGGCUUCCAGGACAUAGUCUGAGGCAAGAUGGAGGGUAAGAGGGGCCCUCACACUUCACUUCAUCUCUCCUACCCAUCACAGCAUACAAAGCAACUACACCUGGAUUUUUCCAACCAACUUUUAUUUCCUCAAAGUCUUCCUUAACUCUAAGGAACAAGAAGCUGCCAA